GAGUAACGCAUUUUCAGGCGAGAAGGGGAGAGUGACGAGAGGGUGUGAGUAGGUGCAAUGGCUUCUCUUCUCGUUGGCAUUCUCACCGUUCUACUGUCUCUUUUCUUGGUGUGGCAAUACGGGAAGACACGGAAAAGGAAACCAGGUGAACCCCCACUGGAAACUGGCUGGAUGCCGUUUAUUGGGUUGGCUUUGGAUUAUGGGAGAAACCCGCUCGGCUUCCUGCAAGACAUGCAGCGGAAACACGGGAAUGUUUUCACUUGUAAGAUCGCCGGGAAGUACCUCACAUUCAUCACUGACCCGUUUUCCUUCUCUUCCGUGGUCCGGCAGGGCAAGAACCUGGACUUCCAGAAGUUCGCUAUGGGAUUCUCUCAGAGGGUCUUUGGUCAUGCUGAUUUCAACUCCCCGAUGCUCAGUGAGAGUUACAAGGAGGUGCAUUCCAUCUUCAGACAGACUCUCCAAGGACCACCUCUACAGCAGCUGACCCAGAGCAUGUUGGGUAACCUGCAAACGGUGCUCAGUCAGGAUUCGCAGCGCGGGCAUGGCUGGCAGGAGGAGGGUUUACAGAGUUUCACCAAUCGCAUCAUGUUCGAGGCGGGAUUUCUGACGCUGUUUGGUCAAGAGGCGGAGCUUCCCAAACUGAGGGGCGUGGCAAAAGCGGGCUCGUUUAUAAGAAAAACGGUCCGUGACUUUUUGAUGUUCGACAAGGCUUUUCCCGCGCUGGCGGCGGGUGUGCCAAUUUCGUUGUGUUUGAGCGCGUGGCGUGCCCGCGAGGCCCUGGCUAGUGAGUUGAAACACAGUGGACUUCAGCGCAGGAACUGCAUCUCAGCGCUCAUCCAACGCAGGAUGGACGCGUUUGACCGCAUGCGACUGGACGAAACGGGGAAAGCGAGGACACACGUCUGCAUGCUCUGGGCCUCACAGGCCAACACACUCCCUGCCGCCUUCUGGAGUCUGUACUAUACCCUGAGGUCCCCAGCGGCUCUGGAUGCUGCUCUCUCAGAGAUUAACAGGGUUCUACAGGAGUCAGAGGAACCUUUAGAUGACCCCAGUCAACUUAUAAGUCUGACCAGAGAACAGCUGGAGUCCAUGACUGUUCUUGACAGUAUCAUUGCGGAAGCGUUACGCCUGUCCAGUGCUUCCAUCAUGAUUCGCGUGGCUAACGAGGAUUUCGUGCUAACGCUGGACUCGGGUGAACAGGUCGCCAUUCGCAAGGGGGAUUACAUCUGCCUCUACCCUCAACUCAUCCACAUGGACCCAGAGGUUUACCCCAAUCCCACGGAAUUCCAAUUUGACCGUUACUUGGAAGCAGACGGCAAGAAGAAGAGCAGUUUCUUUAAGGCUGGGCGUAGGCUGAGACAUUUCCUGAUCCCAUUUGGCUCCGGUGCCAGCGAGUGCCCGGGUCGUUUCUUCGCCGUGAACGAGAUUAAAGAGUUCCUCACCCUGGCGCUUUGGCAUUACGACCUGGAGCUUAGCAACCCAGACGCCACGCUGGCACCAGACUGUGCCCGUGCCGGCCUGGGCAUCCUGCCACCCUCACGAGAUGUACUGCUCAGAUAUAGAGUGAGAGAAAGAGGAGGCACCCCCUGCAGGCACAAGGAGGAGAAGAGAGAGGAGUAGACGAAAAAGAGGGGGAAAGGAGGACCAGUAAAAGAAAGAAUGCUAGAACUGGGAUUGUCAAUGGGAAUGUUUUUACCAUGGUACCAUAGCUAUCUGCUGCACUGCAAGUAACAAUGGCAUAACUUCACGUGAAAAACCAUACACUAUAAACCUUGGUAAAAAUUUAGAAUAACUGAAAAAUAUUAAGGCAAGUGACUGCCUGAAAAAAAAAAUGAAGAAAUCUUCAUCUAACAAGCUUAUUAUAGUUUAAUGUUUCUGUUAUCAUAUUGAAUGUUCUGCACCUGACUGAAAAAAAACCCAUAGUUUUAGGCAUGAAGUCAGUAUUUGUUGUUGCGUAACCACCAUAAGUAUUAAUCAGAAACAGAUCAACUAUAACCAGUGUACGAUUCCUGGGUUUUUUUUCUUUUUGAGGAAGUUAGCAUAAUGUGAAUAAUGAAUAAGUGAAAUUUCAUUUUCAUAACAGUCGAAUGUUCCAACACUGCUAUGAAACGGGGCUUCAGUAACCAGGUUAUGGACAAAACCAUGUUGGUGGACCACAAGAGAACAGUCCUGUGUCUGAUUUAGGUCUAUUGCAGGUUUCAGAUAUUAUCAUAUGAUCCUACAAUAUGCAAUUCUGUACUGUGCGUAUGCCUAUGUGUGCGUGUAUGGUUUUUGUCAAUUUUUGUGCGUUUGUACAUCUGUACUAUAUGUUUUAUAUGUUUUGUGAUUUUAGAAACCAGGAGAUAAGUCCUGAUCCUGGGGUACAGUCUAUAUUUGGUCUGUAAGGGAAAUUUGGAAUCUGCUGUAAUGAGAGUUGCUAAGUCUCAGAGACAACAAACUUCAGGUGCAAUGAAUCAUUUACCUUUAUUUCAUGCAGCACGGGAGAGUACGCCCUACGUGGGUAGGCACAGUCUCUCCGAACAAAGAGGAUAACAAAGUAAUUAUACAACUUCAGAGAUGGCGUGACGUGAGUGUAACACUUGCAUGACGAGUUAUCCUUCAUUUCAUUACACUUUUUUUUUUAAUCUGUCUUGAGCAUGAAAUGCGCUGAAUGCGUUCACAAUGUACUCGUGUGCGUCUUCUUUUGGGCUUUUCUACCGUUCAACCUAAAAUGACACUUGGUAUCGCAGCUUAGAAACUUAGUCAGACAGAGCAGAAUGGCUUGAACAGUCUUAAUACUUUAAAAUAUAUUCCACAGGUCCUUAGAAAAUGAACAAAACAAAAGUGUCUCCCCCCCCCCGAGUAUAUGUUCUCAGCAAGUUUUAUUUAAUCAGUCGGUUCGACUUCAUUCAUGACUGAGUAGAGCUGUGAUCAUGCUAGUCAUCAGUGAAAGAUUUUUUUUUUAUCACUGGUCAUUACAUUUGUUUUCUUUAAAAUAAGCAGAUAAAUGUAAGAAUGAAAAUGUUACUGUGAAUUAUGAAAAUCUGAAUCAAUGAGUUUUGAUUUGACUGAAUCUGUUAUGAAACACCCGUUUGUAUCUGGCCACAACUACAGUGGUUGAUGCACUGUUGCUCCAAAAUACAAGUACUAUAUACAA